CCAUCACCAUGGUCGCAUUUUCCCGAAUUUCUGCUGGCCUCGUGGCCCUUGCGGUGCCUGCCUUGGGCCGUGUUGUGCUGGAGUCCGUCAAAUCUGUUCCCAGUGACUGGACUCUGGUCGAGGCUGCUGAUUCCAGCGCGACCAUCACUCUGUCUGUUGCUCUGGCACGUCAGAACCUGGAUCAGCUCGAGGCCAAGCUGCUGGCUGUGUCCACCCCCGGCAAGGCCACCUACGGCCAGUGGUUGGACCUGGAUGACAUAAACGAGCAGUUUCCUCUGGCCGAAGAUACUGCAGUGGUGUCUUGGCUCAAGGAGGCUGGAGUGACCAAGAUCUCUCGUGAGGGAGGUCUGCUCAACUUUGCCACCACUGUUGGUACUGCCAACCAGCUGCUCAACACCACCUUUUCCGUCUAUAGGAGUGGCUCCACUCAAAAGGUGCGCACCACGCAGUACUCGGUUCCAGACAGCCUGACCGGGGCCAUUGAUUUGAUCUCGCCCACGGUCUUCUUCGGCAAGUCCAAUGCUGCCCGUUCGGCGGCGGUGCGUGCUUCCCAGAUCAUCAAGGACAGCACCAGCAGCAGCUCCGACGAUGUUUGCGAGUACAUCACCCCGGCGUGUCUCAAGGAGCAGUACAGCAUUGACUACACUCCUGAGGCUUCCUCGGGCAGUCGUGUCGGAUUCGGCAGUUUCUUAAAUGAAUCAGCCCUGUACUCCGACCUGGACCUCUUCACCCAGUACUUUGACAUUACCGAGCAGAGCUUCACCGUCGUGACCAUCAACGGCGGCAUCAACAACCAAGAGGAUGAUCCCGAUGGAGAAGCCGAUUUGGAUGUGGAGAACAUUGUUGGCAUUUCUCACCCUCUGCCUGUGACUGAAUUCAUCACCGGUGGAUCUCCUCCAUACAUUCCCGAUGUCGAGGAGACAAGCGACGAGAACGAGCCCUACCUGCAGUACUACGAAUUCCUGCUGAACAAGACCAACGCCGAGCUGCCCUUGGUAAUCAGCAACUCGUACGGCGAUGACGAGGAUACCGUCCCCAUCGCCUACGCCACCCGCGUAUGCAACCUGAUCGGCCUAAUGGGCGCGCGCGGUAUCUCCAUCCUCGAAUCCUCCGGUGACUCUGGUGUCGGCGGCGCAUGCAUGUCCAACGACGGCACCGACAAAACCGAAUUCACCCCCAUGUUCCCCGGCACCUGUCCCUACAUCACGGCAGUCGGGGGCACCCAAGACGUGCCCGAAGUCGCCUGGGUCGACAGCUCCGGCGGUUUCAGCAAUUACUUCUCCCAGCCGUCCUACCAAUCCUCCCAGGUAUCCACCUACCUCGACAACUACAUCUCCGACUCUACCAAGGAAUACUACGAACAGUACACUAAUUUCAGUGGUCGUGGAUUCCCUGACGUUUCUGCUUUUGCUGGGUCUCCUUACUACGAAUCCGUCAUUGACGGCCAACUCACCCUAGUGGCUGGUACUUCGGGCGCCAGCCCCGUCUUCGCAGGCGUAGUCGCUCUGCUUAAUGAUGCUCGUCUCCGUGCUAAUAAAACCUCUCUUGGAUUCCUGAACCCCUGGCUGUACUCUACCGGAUACAAGAGUCUGAAUGAUAUCACCGAGGGUGAGGCCGUGGGGUGUGAAGGCGAUACCGAAGGCGCGGGGGUUAUUCCUUGGGCCAGCUGGAAUGCUACUGUCGGAUGGGAUCCUGCUACGGGAUUGGGGACGCCGAAUUUUGCGAAGUUGAAGGAGGCUGUUCUUGCUCUUUAGUUAAUAGUUCUGAGUACUGUGGAUUUGGGGUGGGGGGUGGGUUA